AUAAAAGAAUUUCGCAGCUUAAACAAAAUGAAGCCAUUCCUGUGUCACCAAAAGAUCGAUAUUCUAUAUAUAAACGGUUUCCAUUAUCUGAUGAUCCAUUUCAAGAAGCUAUGAAAAGUUUGGAAGUAUUAAAAGCUAAAAGCAAAGUAAAGAGUGCCAAAAAAGUUAGAUUCUAUCUCGUACAUGAUGAAUCACCUGCUUUAAAAAAUGAGAAAGAUUUACCUGAAAACCUGAUAUCUGAGUCUAGGUUAACAAAUAUCAGUGAGAAAAGUGAAGAAAACACACCAAUAAUACCUGAAGCAUCAACAGAAAAACCAUCAAUUUCUACUGAAAAGCCUACCUGUAGUGAACCAAACAAAGUAACUUGUACAUCACAGCUGCUCCAUCAAAAUACAUUUACAUCUUCAGUCAAAUUAGAAUCUGCUGUGCUUAAAAAUGCAAGUGAUUGUACUCAAGCCAUCAGGUAUUCUUCAUCAUCAACACCAUUUGUUAAGUCAUCCAAAAAGGAAAAUGUAUUUUCAACAUGUUCAAAAUCUGCAAGUCACGUUAUUAAUUCAAAUCAUGUAAGACAUUCUGUAAGAGAUGCUGAUAGACUUAUACCAAAUUCCCUGAAAUGUGUUCGUAAUGAAAGCAAAGGACUUCUGAACAGCCCACGUCCUCUUUUAUUACAUACGCAGUCAAAUCAUAUACAAGAUAUUAGCCCAGAAAUUCUGAACAAAUGUGAUCCACGAUUACUGUUAGAAGCACCUAUAUGCACACCUCUUGUUCUAAAAGGAUUAGCUAAUGAUUCAGCUCUGAAAUUAAGUCCCAUUCGACAAAAGUUGGAUUUCUUAGAAGAAGAAGAUAAAGUUGCACAGGAUGACACUUCACCUAUUUUUCGUUUACCCUCAAUUAAUGUUGAACAUAUCUGGACUCAAAAAAAAAUAUUGGAUCAAUUAGCUGACAAAGAAUGUGGCUAUUUUCUAUCCAGUGCAGCAUUUCCGAUUAUAAGUGGUAGAUACCUGUGUGAUCCUAUUGCUCACAUACUGACUGAAGGUGAUGAAAUGCACUUUGUUCCUGUGAAAGAAGAAAUUUUGCUUUAGACAUCUGUAAAAAAUAUGUAAAGAAUUGAAUUUUUAGUUCAUAUUUUGUAAAUAUUGACUUCAUAUUCCAUCUAGGAAAAUUAGGAAAAAAAAACAUUUUUACUUAUGUAAACAUUGUAUAAAUAACAUUGUGUAAAUAAAAAUGUAAAUUUUUAUU